GAACGGUGGACGGUACCGUGGCCAGGACCGUGUACCGAGUGUCCUCUCUGUACUCCUCGGCGAUCGGCGGUGCGCAUUGCGAGGUCGCGUCGACGACGGGGACCGACUAUGGUGCGGGAGUUCGGUACCGUUCGCCGAUCCGCAGUCGCUCUGGGCCCCAUAGAGAUCCCCAUUAUAUAGUCGUGAUUAUGUGACCUGCCUCAAGUUGGAGGUGCGAUGUCCGCCGAGCGUGUGCCCGGUACCGUUCGUGGAUUCGAGGACGACUAAACAGGUGGCCCAGAAAUUCGGGCCGCUACGCCUCCGCAACCUUACCCGGAGCAUAGAUCGAUACUCCGAUAAAUGCGGGAAAUCGAUACCGCGGAAUGCCGAAAUCGAGGAAACUCGCUCCCUCGAGGUACCUCUGAGUGAUCCCUCGAGAGGGUGAUUUUCUCAAAGUCUCGCGAGGAGGAACCCUUUCAGAAUGUCCCCUUCAGGGAGCGACGGCGAGGAAGGAAGAGGAGUUUCGGCAGAUCGUCGUUUGGAGACAGCACUCGAGUCCGGCUUUCCAAAAAUGGUCGCCGAGGAGGCAAUCGUCGUGAGAAAUGCCAGAAAAUCCUACGGCAAAGGCUCGCCGAUCCUCGACGGCUUCGACAUGACCGUAUCACGAGGCACCAUUUAUGGACUCCUUGGAGCUAGUGGUUGCGGCAAGACGACCCUUCUCUCCUGCAUCGUCGGGGUGAAAAAGUUGGACGGUGGUAAGGUAUGGGUCCUGGGGGGGAAACCAGGAUCCCAGGGGUCUGGGAUCCCUGGACCACGGGUGGGAUACAUGCCCCAGGAGAUCUCACUGGUGAAGGAGUUCACAGUGAUCGGUGCCCUCUACUACUUCGGCAGGAUAAACGGCCUGGACGACGGGGCCAUAGAGGAGAGGUACGGAUUCCUCUCGGAGCUUCUUCAGCUACCGCCGAAGAAUCGCAUGGUGAAGCACAUGAGCGGUGGACAGAAGCGCAGGGUGUCCUUCGCAGCAGCCCUGGUCCACAAACCGGAGCUGCUGAUCCUGGACGAGCCGACGGUGGGCCUGGACCCGAUUUUGCGAGAGAACAUCUGGCAAUUCCUGGUGAAAACCGCCCAAGAGGAGGGAACCACGGUCGUCAUCACCACGCACUACAUCGAGGAGACUCGGACCGCCAAUAAGAUCGGACUGCUGAGGAGCGGGAAGCUGCUGGCCGAGUCCUCGCCAGGAGAGCUCCUCGCCAGGUUCCGAUGCGACACUCUGGAAGAGGCCUUCCUGAUCCUGAGCCAAAGACAGAAGGAGAGACAAGACGGCGGCCAGGUCGAGUCCGUGACGGAAUUGACGACCGAACUCGAGGAGAUCGUCGAUACCUCAGGAACCGACCAAGGAGUCACUCGGAACGGCCUGGGGGAAUUCGAGACGAAGAGCGAGAAACUGAUUUUGAGGAGGAACGAGAAAGAGGGUAAAGAGAGGGUGCACGUCAUGAGGAGACGGAGGUUCCGAGCCUUGAUGACGAAGAACGCGAUUCAGUUCCUUCAAAAUCCAGGGGGGAUCCUGUUCUCCCUGGUCUUCCCCCUGAUCCAGGUGAUCCUGUUCUUCAACGCCAUCGGUCGAGACCCUAAGGGUCUCGUGAUAGGAGUCGUCAACCAAGAAGCAGGCGAUUGCAACCACGGCGUACACGUGGGGAACGUCAUCUACGACCCAGGGAACGACACCUGCGACUACGUGGACCUGAGCUGCAAAUUUUUACACGGCUUCGAGGAGUCGGUCGCCACUGCGACAUUUUUCAGCGACCUGGAGGAAGCCAGCCACGCGGUCAGGACGGGAAAAGUCGUGGGGGCGAUGUACUUCGGGAAGAAUUUCUCAAAGUCCCUUCACCACCGGCAGGACAACUUCAAGGAGGCGAGCGUAGAGGAAGUCGUAGCCGGGGAGAUCCAAGUGUGGCUCGACAUGGGAAACAGACAGAUCGGCCUACACGUCCAGAAGAAGCUGUACGAGCGAUUCUUCGAGAUCUACGAAGAGAUCAUCGUGCAGUGCAACAUCGCCGUGAAAUUCGCGGAUCUCCCCAUACGGUUCGAGGAGCCGAUUUUCGGGGACAGUGACCAGAAGUACUCCACCUUCAUGGCGCCCGGAUUCCUCCUAACAGUGGCAUUCUUCCUGGCGACGUCGGUGUCGUCGAGUGUCAUCAUAGCCGACAGACACGAGGGCGUGUGGGACCGAAGUUUGGUGCAAGGCGUCACCACUGCGGAGAUCCUGACAGCGCAUAUCUUGACACAGAUAACAGUCAUCAUUGUGCAGGUGACAGUGAGUCUGAGCCUUAGUUUCGUGCAAUUCCAAUUACCGUGUAAAGGCUCAUUGACAGCUGUCAUAAUCCUCGUGCUGAUCACCGGAAUAUGCGGCAUGUGUUACGGUUUCCUAAUUUCCGUCAUGUGCACCUCUCACACAAUGGCGAACUACGUGUCAACCGGAACCUUCUACCCGGUCCUCCUACUUUGCGGGUGCAUAUGGCCGAUCGAGGGGAUGCCCAGAUUUCUACGGUGGAUCAGUAUCUCCCUUCCAACCACGAUACCAGCCAUCUCCAUGAGGGGUCUCCUGGACAAGGGGUACCCAGUGAACGACCCCCAAGUAUACAGUGGAUUCCUAGUGGUCUCAGGAUGGACGGUGUGCUUGGUCGUCCUCUGUUUUCUGGGCCUGAGAUCGAAGUCGGCGUCCUAGCGCUCGUUUUCGGGGUAUAUCAAGCAAGGAAGAAGAAAAGAAACGAGCCCGCUAGCCGAAUUUCGAUUUCCCCCGGGAGAUCCUCUCCCCCGGGAAUAAAAAAACUGAGGGAGUCCAGGAAAGACCCCGGGGAUUCUGGAUGGUGGAGGAAAAUAUCAAAAGCCACUCGUAGGGCCCCAAGGCCCGACGAAGGACGGGCCUCGACGUUUCCGCGUUCGAAACAGGGUUUUACGCUUGUAAGAUAUCGAAGGACUCUUUUUUUCUUUUCCUGGAUUUCGUAUCCUUAAGGUGACGUGAAAGUGGCGUCGGAGGGGUCUCGUUUA